CCAGGCUCAUCAGCGUACAGGUAUUAAUUACCUUGCAACUUUACCUCCUCCUUCUCGACCCCCACCCUCCCAUAUUCGAUCCUCCUACAAAUCGAAGCCCUAGCAAACCCUCAGCCCCAAACCCUGAACCUAACCCUAAUUCCAAAAUCCAAAAUAAAAAAAUCAAAAAUCAAAAAUCAAAAUCAUGCUGCAGAGCAGCCAUGGCACUCCUCCAAUCCCCUCCCCAGCUCGUCUGGGCCUCUCAAACCCCUCGAUCCCUUCCACCUCCUCCCCUUCCCUUCCCCCAAACCCUAACCCUAACCCCAACCCUAACCCCAACAAAACCCCAUCAUCUUCUUCCUCCUCCUCCUCAGCUUCUCAACCUCAAUCCACAGCCCUCCUCUCUCUCCUCCCCCCUCUCCCUCGCGCUCAGUCUCUCCUCAAUCAAAUGGCCUCUCUCUCUUCCCGCCUUUUCGAGCUCUCGCCAAAAUCGAGCUCAUCUGGUCCCUCUUCCUAUCGACCAGAUCUGCCCUCUUUCCUCAGUUCAUCUGCCGCCGCGCGCCCGCCGCCUCCUCAGCCUGCGUCGACUAGAGAGCUGCUCUCCAACUCCACUCGCUCCAAACCUGCUCUCCAAUCCGUGGCCGAGCUCAAGAGAUCCUCGACCUCCAAGACUCCACAAAAACCAUCCGCCCGCGAGAUCAGUCGACCGACGGCCCGCCCCUCCUCUUCCUUCGCAACGAAGCUUAAGGACUCUGAGCUCCAACUCCAACCUCGACCAUCGAUGAAGCCUUUGCCUACGCCACAAGAUCAGCUACACCACCUUGCCCCUCCGAGCAGCCAUCGCGCCUUUGCUGCCGCUGCCGGUGGGGCCCUCCCUACCGCCUCCGCAGGACAACGAGAUGCGGGCAUCACAAUUGUACCAGUUUUGCUGGCAUCUCGAUGUUUGGCCGUGCCCGUAAGACGGCGCCUCUUGGCUGGAGAAGGGAAAGUAGGGCCGCGGCAGAGACCGUGUGGAGGGUUUGAUGGAGCCCACGCCGCCCAGGAAGGAGUGGCCGGCGAUGCGGGGAUUCCUCCCGCCAAUGCUGCAUUUCGGCUGCCGCCGGGUGAAGAAGGGGAUGCAGUGGAGCUGCCGAUGGGAGCUGCCGCGGUGCCACCCGGCUGGAAGCGCUGGGAGCCAGUGGCCCUGCCGCCGCUUGAUGGGGUGGUGGUUGGGAAUAAAGGAGGAGGUGCUGAGGUUCCGGCACCAGUGCAGAAGGCGCCGGAGGCGAUACAGGUUAAAUAUGUGCAGUUGGAUAUUAACCCAGAUCAGGACGAGUAUAGCAGUGAAUAUAGUAGUGAUGUUGGGAGCUCAGAGGAGGAGGAUGAUGAUUGAAUAUUUAUGAAGUGAAUCAAGCUGCUGGAAUUCAUGACUAAAGCUAGAUGCAAUUGAUCUUUCAGUAUCUAUGGCGGUCUUGUUGAUGAGAAGGUGCAAACUCUCUGGAGGAAUGCAACGGGCCGCUGCAUCCUGGUCGCUGUACGGUAGACAUGUUUAUCUGCUGGCUUUUGGCAUCACUGUACAGUAGACAGUAGUUUCAAUAUUAUGGUGUACUGACGUUUAGUUGCAUUAAGGCAAGGGUUUUGAUGUAAAGAUGCAGAGCAAUUUUUGUUGCCGUGAUACUUGAAUAAAAAAAGUAUCCGGGAAAAUGAUGAGCAUAGUUUAGCUUCUUGCCUCAUAUUUUUAUCUUUUUUUUAACGUUGGUGUUUAAAUUUUGUUGAAGAUGUUUGGAUCAACUGUAGAUAACAAACUACAUUGUUAUUGCAAGAUGCCCAUUAAAAUUAUUUAGUUA